AUGUCUGGUGAAAUUGCCGCCACCAGCGGAAGCGACAGGCCGAAGACGGUUGAUGGUACACCGGGCACCCCAGUCUCACUGAAGUUCAUCACGUGGGACACAAACGGUCUCGACCGAAGCAACCUGCGGCCGCGUAGUGAAGCCGUCUGCUCGAUAAUCCGAGACGCCGACCCGGACGUGGUCUUCCUCCAGGGAGUGGUGUUUGAAACUUACGCAAUCAUAUGGCCGGCUUUUCGGAAAGACUACAGGUGCGUCCGAGGACACUACUGGAGCAACUUUACGUUCACCAUGCUGAAGAAGGCCACCACAGAAUUCAAGACGUGCCAUAUCCGCCAGCUGAAACAUGGCCGGGUGCUGCGGGAGGUGGCGACGAUCGAGGCAUCGUUCGCGGGACUCCCGAUCACGCUGAUCAACGCGGCGCUCGAAUCCGAUCACGACAAGUCGAAGCUGCGUAAGAAGCAACUCUCCAACUGUUUUAAGAAGUGUCUGAGGCACCCUGCUAACAGGACGGUCAUCUUCGGCGGAAACCUCGGCCUGCGCGGACACGAGCUCAGUGACGUAGGUGGACGUCCGCGCUCCCUAGUGGACGUCUGGGAACACUGUGGCAGGUGGCGGGAAGUCCGCUACACGUGGGACAUGGUGGUGAAUGACAACAAUUCCUUUGACUUUAGUAAGAAGCCUCAGUACCGCCCCGACAGGGUCUACUUGAAGGCUUCUAAGCCUGCCACCAUGAUGCCUGUGUCGUUCGACCUGAUCGGUAUGGAAAGGCUAAGCCCACUAGGUUGCUUUCCCAGUGACCACUGGGGUGUGCUCUGCCGUUUUAAUGUGUUCUAG